AUGAAGGUGUGCCUCUCAGACAAAGAUCAGGUGAAGCAGCAGCUCUGCUCCCUUCGGCAUCAGCUGGAAAUGGCAUCACAGCUGGAGCAGAAGGAGGACCCUGAGAAAAGGCAGGCAGGACACAACAUGCACCAGCUGCAAGGGAACAAGCAGCAUGGCACAGAGAGAUCAGGGACCCUCCUCAAGAAAAGUGAUGGGUUGAGAAAAGUCUGGCAGAAGAGGAAAUGCACCAUCAGCAAUGGCUACCUGACCAUCUCUCACGGCAUGCUCAACCGCCCCCCAGCCAGGCUGAAUUUACUGACCUGCCAAGUGAAGCCAAACAUGGGUGACAAGAAAUGCUUUGAUGUGGUUUCCUACAACCGCACGUUCCACUUCCAGGCCAAGGACGAGCAGGACUGUGUCAUCUGGGUGUCUGUCCUCAGCAACAGCAAGGAGGGGGCACUGAACGUGGCCUUCAGCAAGGCCCAGGGUGGAGGGGAGAGCAGCCGGGAGGAGCUGACCGGGGCCAUCCUCGAGGAGCUCAGAGGAAUGCCUGGGAACAGGGAGUGCUGCGACUGCUCUGCCCCAGAUCCCUCUUGGCUCUCCAUUAACUUGGGCAUCCUGAUCUGCAGUGGGUGCUCUGGGAUUCACAGAGACAUGGGUGUGCACCUCUCCCACAUCCAGUCGCUGUCUCUGGACAAGCUGGCAACCUCUGAAUUGCUGCUGGCGAGGAAUAUCGGCAACUCUGGCUUCAACAAUGUUAUGGAAGCAAAUCUCCACAACCUUUCCUUGAAACCCACUGUUCACAGUGACAUGGCCUUUCGGAAGGAUUUCAUUAUUUCCAAAUACGUCAAGAAGAAAUAUGCCAAGAGGAGCCCUCCUGUUCAGCACUCUGCCCUCCCAGGAGCCGUGAAGGACAAGGACAUAUUUGCUUUGCUCCAAGCAUAUGCACAGAACGUGGACUUGAGCAAGCCUGUGCUGGCCCCUCUGCAGGAACCUGGGGAGACCAUUCUCCACCUGGCAGUGCUUUUGUCUGAUCAAACUUCUUUGCAUAUUGUUGAUUUUCUUGUCCAGAACAGUGGGAUCCUGGUGCAGCAGACGGCGGAGGGGAACACGGCCCUGCACUACUGCUGCUCCCACAACAAACCCCAGUGUGCCACACUGCUGCUGAGGGCCAGAGCCGACAUCACCAUCACUAACAGAGCAGGAGAGACAGCCCUGGAUGUUGCCAGGAGGAUGAGACACUCCCUGUGUGAAAAGCUGCUGCUGCAGGCCCAGAGCAAUCAAUUCAACCCCCAUGUCCAUGUGGAAUACGAGCGGUGGCUGGGACAAGAUGACAUGUUUGAGAGUGACGAAGACCUGGAUGAGAAGAUGGGUCCUGAGAAGAGGGGAUCUGCCCAUCCCCAGAGCUGCUACCACCCCCUUGCUGCUGUCCCCAGGCCAGAGGCAGCAGAGGCAGUGCCCCAGGGCGGGUGGCCGGACCCCUGCCCCUCGCCAGCCCACCACCUACACGUGGAUGUGCCACCGGCCCCCUCCCAUCCACCUCCACUCCCGCCCCAGGCACAGCCAGGUGCCCUGAAAGCCAUGGACCCCCUCUGCACGUCUGGCCCCAGCAAAGUAGAAGAGCCUGGCCCACACCGAUCUCUCCAGGAGCCAGAUCCAUGUUCUGGCCAUGCUUGGAAUGUCCCACUUCCUCAGAGGAGCAGUUUGAACCGACGGCUGCUCCACAGGGUUCGUGCUCUCUACGACUGCGACGCUGACAGGGAGGAUGAGCUGACUUUCCACACAGGAGAGGUCAUUGUGGUGUCUGAAAAGGAGGACAGCAACUGGUGGAAAGGGUGGAUUGAAGGGCAGCCCCACAGGGAAGGUGCCUUCCCUGCGUCAUUUGUUCACGUUCUCAGCGAGUAGGAGCUGCUUCAAUUCAAGAAAGAAGAUCUGAUCAACUGCUUAAAAUGCAAUUCUCCAAGCUACCAUCUGCACUCACUUCUGCUGCCCCAGCACUCAUCCUCCAGCCCACCCCUCCUCUGGGCUGUCUUGGAGAACCUCUCAGCCAGCCCAAAGACAAGAACACAGCAGCCCACGGGCUCCACAGUGGUGCUUCUGCCUCAGCCACGGCCCCAUGCACAGACCAGCCCUGGUGUGCUCUGCUGCCCCAUGCCUGGGCCCUGCCUUGCCUUGUCCAUGCUGCUGUCCUGUGGUCUCCCUGCUCUGCUCCCUGGAGCUCCCUGCUCUGCCAGUGCUGAUGGAAGUGACGGCUGUGGGGGGCAGUGCUGUGCCUUGCCAGGCUCGGGAGCUGCAGUAGGCUGGACUUUGGGAGUGCAAACAAGUGCUGUGAAGCCAGCAUCACAGAGCCAGUGCUGCCCCUAAUUCCUCCCACCCCUGUUUCACUCUGUGUGUGAUCCAGAAAAUGUGCUCUGUGGCAGCUCAGGGCACUGCCCCUCCAGUGCCUGGCUCCCCUGAAGUGGUGCAGAGGCCCUUUGAGCCUGUCACCAGUAAAUACUGACUUUUUGUAUUUUGCAGGGCUGCUCUAGUUUGAAUUUCUAGAUCCUUUGUCUUUGCACCAAACCUCAGGCACCAAACCUUGCAAAGCAGAGUGUUGACCUCCCCUUGGAUAAAAUUACUCACAGUUCAGCUGGCACUGCUUUUCCACUGGCUGUGUUUUUCUAGUUGCCAAGGUGCAUUUCACAGUCCUUCUCUGUCCUCUCUGAGCCAAAAUCCCAUCCAGGUGAGCAAAAGAAACCUGGUGAGGUGCUGGAUGCACAAGGCUGU